UAACCACUUUCCAUCGAUCGCUUUUCACGUUCUAGUGAUCUCCCAACAGCUGUGUCUGUUAUUUCGAAAUGGAGCCCCCAGCCAAGAGGUCGCGCAAGUUGCUCGAUGACGACAGCUCCAGCGACUCAGGAGACGAGUCCGGCGGAGUUCCCAUCACCAACGAGGACAUCACAUUCAAGAUCAAUGAAGAGUAUGCGCGCCGCUUCGAAUACAACAAGAAGAGAGAAGAGAAGCAGCAAUUGGAGUCCAAAUACGGAAAAUCUGUCCUAGGCAAACGUCGUGAUCGCGAUGGUGAAGAUGAGUCCGGCGACUCGGAGGAUGAUUCUACCUCUGAAGAAGAGGACGAGGACGGAGAAUUGGCUACCGCCGCUUUGGAUGCCGAAAUCAUGGCCACGCUGAACGCAAUCCGAUCAAAGGACCCUCGGGUGUAUGAUAGCAAUGCCACUUUCUACACCGCAGCCGACGAGGAGGCGAAAACCGAAGGCACUGGAAAGAAAGAAAAGCCUAUGACUCUUCGUGAUUAUCAUCGUGAGAAUCUGUUGAGUGGUGCCAACCUAGCAGAUGAGGAGGCAUCUGACGCGCCGAAGACCUACGCUCAGGAGCAAGAGGAAUUGAAGGAUGCGGUUGUCCGCGAAAUGCACGCCGCUGCCGGUAAAGAUGAGGGUGAGGAGGAGGACGAAGAUGAUUUCCUUGUUGCCAAAUCGGCGCCUGAACCUCUUCCGGAGCCCAAGAAGGAUGUCAACCUAGAUGUUGAAAAUGCGGACAAAGACCCGGAAACCUUCCUUUCAAACUUCAUGUCGGCAAGAGCAUGGAUACCUGCUGGUAGAUCGGAACUUCAACCAUUCGAGUCUGAUGACGAGGAGGAGGAUCAACGGGCCGAGGCAUUCGAAGAGGCAUACAACUUCCGCUUCGAAGACCCCAGCAAAAUCAACGCUACUCUAAUCACCCAUUCUCGUGACCUGACUAACAAGCAGUCGGUCCGCAGAGAAGAAAAGAGCAGCCGGAAGAAACGCAGAGAUGCGGAGAGACAGCAGAUGGAAGAGGAGAAGAAGCAGCGCGAGACAGAAAAGAACCGCCUGCGGAAGCUCAAGAUGGAAGAGCUUCAAGAGAAGGUCAACCAAAUCAAGGAGGUUGCAGGCCUUCGUGCCAAUGAGCUGACUGACGAAGAUUGGGUCAGCUUCUUGGACGCUGCCUGGGAUGACAAGAACUGGGAGGAGGAAAUGCAGAAACGUUUUGGUGAAGACUACUACGCGGAGGGUGAUAAGGAAGGAAGCGGUGAUGAGUCAGGGAAGAAGAAGAAGCAUCCGAAGAAGCCUACGUGGGAUGAUGAUAUCGAUAUCAAGGAUCUCGUGCCCGACUUCGAGGAAGAGGAGAAGCCCGCCGUGGAUGUCUCUGAUGUCGAUAUGGGGGAUGAUGAAGAGGGAAGUAACAAGAAGAGCAAGGCGCAGGAGAAACGAGACCAAAAGCGUGAAGCGCGCAAAGACCGCCUUCGCAUUCAGGAGGCCGUGGAUCGCAACUUGGACCUUGAUAUCAGCCUUCUUCCGGGUGCGACCAAGAAGAAUUCUACUGGAUUCCGCUACCGGGAGACAUCGCCUCAGAGUUUUGGAUUGACUGCACGGGAUAUCCUCAUGGCCGACGACACCCAUCUGAACCAGUUUGCGGGCUUGAAAAAGCUUGCAUCGUUCCGUGACCCUGAGAAGAAGAGUCGGGAUCAGAGGAAGCUGGGCAAGAAGGCCCGUCUAAGGCAAUGGCGCAAGGAUACCUUUGGUGACGAAGAAGGCCCCAGGAUUUCCGAGGAGGCGCCACGGGCACCUACACCGGAGAAGGAUAAUGUCGGUAAGGUUGAUAUCCGUGAGGGUGAACCCAAGAAGAAGAGGAGAAAGAGAAACAAGAAGAACUGAACCUGGGGUGCUUCUUACUGUACAUGCAUCUGGGAUUUUAUGAUAUACUAGACAGUGUUUUUUCAUUGUUCAAUAACGGCGUAUCGGUAAUGAAAGCUGUCUACGUUGUUGGUAGAUAAGCUGGUCAAAAGUUACAAAUAUAUUUACCUACUGCAUAGCAAAGAGUUUAUUGAGUCAAAUGAUCAGGUAGUACUUAGUUUUAUAUCAAUUCUCUUGAUAGAACCGAGGUGCUCUACUGUAGUGCCACGUCGGG